AAAGGCAAACAAUAACAAAACUGUAAACCCAAAACAACGGAAAAGAUGGCGGCCGGCGGAAGUGUGUGCGUUUCCUCCCGGAAGUAGUUCCCGGCGAUGCCGGAAAAGAAGGCCCUGACGAGCGUCGAGGGUCCAAGAUGGCGGAGGUGGAGGAGGUCACCGAGGGCUGCCGCCUGCCCGUCCUGCGCCGGAACCAGGACAACGAGGACGAGUGGCCACUGGCCGAAAUCCUCAGCGUCAAGGACAUCAGCGGCCGGAAGCUGUUCUACGUUCACUAUAUUGACUUCAACAAGCGGCUGGACGAAUGGGUGACCCACGACCGGCUGGACCUGAAGAAGAUCCAGUUCCCCAAGAAGGAGGCCAAGACCCCCACCAAGAACGGGCUGCCCGGCUCGCGGCCCAGCUCUCCGGAGCGGGACGUGAGGAAGACCUUGGAUCUGUCUCUGCAGCCAGCCGCAGCCCCGUCCAGCGGGAAGACCCUGCCCAUCCCGGUCCAGAUCACGCUCCGCUUCAACCUGCCGAAGGAGAGGGAGGCCGUCCCCGGCUCCCCCGACCAGCCGCUCUCCUCCAGCUCCUGCGUCCAGCCCAACCAUCGCUCCACGAAGCGGAAGGUGGAGGUGGUGUCCCCCGCGACCCCCAUCCCAGCGCCCACAGAGACCACCCAGGCCUCCGUCUUCCCGCAGAAUGGCUCUGCGCGCCGUGCGGUGGCCACGCAGCCGGGCAGGAAGCGCAAGUCCAACUGCCUGGGCACGGACGAGAAUGUCCCCCCCGGUUCUUGCGAGCAGGACUCCCAGGACAGCCUGGACGGCCUGCCCUCGGCGCCCCGCAUGACCGGCAGCCUGGUCUCGGACCGCAGCCACGACGACAUCAUCACGCGCAUGAAGAACAUCGAGUGCAUCGAGCUGGGCCGGCACCGCCUGAAGCCCUGGUACUUCUCCCCGUACCCGCAGGAGCUCACCACGCUGCCCAUCCUCUACCUCUGCGAGUUCUGCCUCAAGUACGUCAAGAGCCUCAAGUGCCUCCAGAGGCACCUGACCAAGUGCGACCUGAGGCACCCGCCCGGGAACGAGAUCUACCGCAAGGGGACCAUCUCCUUCUUCGAGAUCGACGGGCGCAAGAACAAGAGCUACUCGCAGAACCUCUGCCUGCUGGCCAAGUGCUUCCUGGACCACAAGACCCUCUACUACGACACGGACCCCUUCCUCUUCUACGUCAUGACCGAGUACGACAGCAAGGGCUUCCACAUCGUCGGAUACUUCUCCAAGGAGAAGGAAUCCACGGAGGACUACAACGUGGCCUGCAUCCUGACCUUGCCUCCCUACCAGAGACGCGGAUACGGCAAGUUGCUGAUUGAAUUCAGCUACGAGCUGUCCAAGGUGGAGGGGAAGACGGGCACCCCGGAGAAGCCCCUCUCGGACCUGGGGCUCCUCUCCUACCGCAGCUACUGGUCCCAGACCAUCCUCGAGAUCCUCAUGAACCUCAAGUCGGAGACCGGGGAGCGCCCACAGAUCACCAUCAACGAGAUCAGCGAAAUCACGAGCAUCAAGAAGGAGGACGUCAUCUCCACCCUCCAGUACCUCAACCUGAUCAACUACUACAAGGGCCAGUACAUCUUGACGCUCUCAGAGGACAUUGUGGACGGGCACGAGCGCGCCAUGCUCAAGCGGAUCCUGCGCAUCGACUCCAAAUGCCUGCACUUCACCCCCAAAGACUGGAGCAAAAGAGGGAAGUGGUGAUGGCGACAGAAGCCGGAGCGGGGUUGUUUUGAAGCCCUUCACCUUCCGGACAAGGACCAGGGAGAGGGGUCUUUGCGGUCAAGACGGAGGAGGGACCUGGCCUGGCCUGGCCGGACCGCUCUCCCCGGACACUGCGCUUGUAGAUAUAACGAAUCGCCCUUUUGCAGAAAGGCUCCUGCAAAGACUUGUGUACGUACAGAAGCCGACAAAGCACAGACCGGCCACCCUCGGCCACCUUUCCCCCAACUUUUGUU